UGCAAACAACCUCCAGCAGGAGUCAGAGCUCCUGUCCAUGUUGUUGCCUGCUUCAGGAGAGGUUCAAGCCUGCUCCAGCUUUAUUUCUUCUCUCCUUGUUCUCCAGGAAGAUGGCUAAAGACAGCAUAUCCCUGCGCGCGCUGAGCAAGACAUUGAACAGAGUAGAAAAUAAGCUGCAAUCCUUGGAGACUCAGUUCAAAGAUCUGGACUCAAGCUUGCAGAAACUGGCAGAGAAGUUUGAGCUCCUGGAGAAGGAGAUGAGCCGGGACACGACGCAGAUAUCAACACUAGAGGAAAGUGCCGCGCUGACCGCUCCGUUUGGGGAUUCAGAACCUGCUUAGAGCCUGCAUUCGUCGUCUCAGCAGAGGCCCGAGCUGCCCGCUUCGCUUCCUCCGUCUCAGAGGUGGAGCUGCAUCGCCCCAGGAGCGUUCAUCUGUGAGACCCCCGCAUCGUGCAGCCACCUGCACGCCGGCAUUUCCCUCCUCACGUUCUUGAAGAUCCACGUUUAGCCUACUUCGCAGGUGCUAAUUUUUCUGUGCACAUAAACGUUGAAAUUGCUUGGUCCAGAAGAGGUAUAUAUGGACUUUUUAGGUGGUUCGUUACAAAGACUUGUACAACUGGGUGUUUCAAUGUUAUCUAGCAUCCUUUUUAAAAAAUGAAGGAUUUGCUUUAUCAGUGAAUGAAGAGCAGAACCACCAAAAUUUGCCUUAAUAUAGAUCUGUCUCACUGUCACGUUCCUAUGUGGAUUAUUUCAGAUUGAACUGAAAUGACAGCCUUUCUGUCAGAAAGUAUUCCUGUCUUUCUGUUGUCGGCUGUUUUCGUGGAUCAUGAAAGAACUUUCUUAAAUCUCUGUAACUUGAAAAGCAGUAUUUUUGUUGAUUUUCCUGUUUGGGGAUAGUCUUUUAUUUUUAUUUUCUGUUCCACAGCAUUUGUGGGCCAAGUGAAAAGUCCUUUGAGGAGGGUUGGCAGCAGAAAGGUUGGAUGAUCCCCACCAUUUUAAGUCAUACAAGUCAUUGUGGGAAAUGCUGAAGUGUUGAAUGCAUUGGUACUGAUGUUAUAUUAGUCCUGUUCCUGAGCUUCGAGUCAAUAUGUCGAAGAAAUCGGAGGCUCCUCUUUCCUUAGCUGACUGCCUGUGUCAAAUUUGCAUGGAGAUCUUUGUGGAGCCUGUGACACUACCAUGCAACCAUACCCUCUGUAAUUCUUGUUUCCAGCUGACAGUUGAAAAUGCCAGUCUUUGUUGCCCUUUUUGUCGGCGUCGAGUCUCUUCUUGGGCACGAUAUAAUGCCCGCAGAAACACUCUUAUCAACUGGGAUUUCUGGGAAAAGAUUCAGAAGAAUUAUCCAAAGGAAUGCGAGCGUAGAAUUAACGGACAGGAUUUGGAAGAGGAAAUCUGCGUCCCUCAUCCACAACACCAGCUGAGCAAACCUGGGGAACUGAGACAGGAAUAUGAAGCAGAGGUUAGCAAGGUGGAGGCAGAAAGGCGAGCACAUGAACAAGAGGAAAACAAGGCGAGUGAGGAAUACAUUCAAAGGCUGCUAGCAGAAGAAGAGGAGGAACGCAGACUGGCAGAAGAAAGACGGAGGGAGAUGGAGAAGCAGCUUAAACAAGAUGAGGAAUUGGCAUGGGAGCUGAGCAACAGCCUGAAUGACACUUCCAGAGAACGUGUGCUCAGCAGUCCUUCACCAGGAGACAACCUCUCAUGUGCAUCAUUCACAGCUAGUUCGUGCAAGAUGAAGAGCAAACCAAGCAACUCUGGAGACAUUCAGAAGUAUCUGUCUCCAAAGCAUCAUCGUACAUCGGGAUCAACUUCGUUCUCCAGAGCAACAGAAGGAGGCAGGAGUGACUCUGGCUCUGUGGAGAAAAGUAACAAUGAAGGCAGCAGUACUGUGUGGCAGGAUGAGCAAGAGGAAAUGCCAACGUUGUCUCCACAGCUGUCUGGUGUGACCAAGUCUUCCACUGCUCGGGAUUCAUUUUUGGAGUCAUGCAUGAACUAUUUAAGUGCCUCAACUUCAGAGGAGACCACCACUGACAAGCAGAAAAAAUCACCUGGACCAAAUUGUCUGGCAGCUGAAGUUCCGGAUACGCUUUGUGGAAUUGCAGAAGGGGAAGGGGCUAGAACAGUUCUUCCUAGAACUAAAGGAGAAGACGGAGUAGAGUUGGACAGUGACAGUUCAACACACGUAGAACGCAUAAGCCUUGAAAACUCUGCUGAAACUACUGCUUGUAUUCAGUCAGCAUCAAAUUCUAUGAUGUCUGACAGCAAAAAGGUGAUAGGUGAUCUCAUGAAGGUGGCUGGAAACCCAGAUGAAAAGAUACCAGAGAGCUUGCAGAACACUAUGGAGACUCCAAAAAGAAAAUCUUCGGAACCACUGGCUGAAGCAGUGGUUGACUUGGGUGUGCUUGAUAAGAGGAGAAGAACUUUCCCAGAAACUUCAGGGGACCACGGGGUGCAGAUAGAUGACUUUCACUUGCAAAUGCAGAAAGCCUUUGAGCAGGAGCUCUAUGAAAGGCGUCUGCAAGAGGAGCAGGAUAGGCUUCUGGCUCUGCAGCUGCAAAGACAGCUCAACAAGGAGGAAAGGUCACUCAAUCGCCAAAAAGGCUCUCCCGAUGAGUACCUUCUUCGCACCAAAACACCUCAGUCUGCGAAAGUCUCUUCUGCUAGAAAGGGAAGUUGUAAGAAAGCAAAGGACAUGAAGCUACCAAAAAAACAGACUGAAACAAAUCACCGCAAGGUUCGGAAAGGUUCAUGCAAUGAAAACUGGCAGUCUCCUACCAGAGUCCGAAUGAAGUCACCUGGCCUCAAGGGCGGCAACGUUUUGAAUUGUGUCGUUAAUACCAGUGACUCAAAUGAUAUUUGUUCCUUGCCUAAAAAAGAGCAAAAGACAAUCCUUCAAAUGUUUAAAAGCCCUGUUGCAGAGUAGAGCAACAGAACCACAGACGUGGUGGAAAGGAUCAGAGUUAAAGCCAUGGUAAUGCUUUUCGCUGUGUUAGGCAAAGCUCCCUCUUAACACUUGAAAAGGUGAUGGUUUUGUCGGGAGCAACAAGAGCUACAAGAGCAACCAAAACUGUCUGCUUAUUAAAACUUGCUGUGAAUCUUUCUGAGAAGUUUUAAUAACUCAUGUCCCUAGACCUUAAUUUUAAUUGGCCUCUUCUUGACUAUGGCUUAUUUUCUGUGACUUGCAUUUGCAAGUUUGUUUGUUUGUUCUAAUUUUGAGUGUAAAUACUCUUUAGUGUUUAAAAUCUAAAAUAACUGUUGGUCUUAUGUUAGAAUAAGAAUUUGGAGCUUUCUAAGAGAAGGAUGCACAUCUCCCAGAGUAAGCAAAUGAAGAGGCAAGUCUGUAUCUCCUGUUGUCUGCUGACUGAGAUCGCGGCUUCGCUCGGCAUAGCCACUGUUCUGUUAACCAGAAGCACGUUACUGGAAUUCGGUCUGUUUGCUGAAUUGCGCUGUUUGCCUGGCAGUUACCAAGAGUAUAACCAGCCAGUCUUGCACACACGCUCUUUCCCUCCCCCUCAACCUGCCAUGUAGUAGCCCCUUUCUUAGUCAGAGGGGAAAAAACGGAUCGUUCCCCCACAGCCAGAGGCAACGAUCUCUUAGAGAUGCUGAUAAUGCAGCUGGCUGUGGGCUUGUAUGUAUUCUGUUCAUUUUUACCUCUGUUAAUUUUGGUUUCUUAGUGCUAGUAUUUUGUAACUUUAUUCUUAUACAAUACUGCCUACAUUUACGGCUAUUUAACUUUCAUAUGCAAACUGUUGAGUCUGGUUAAAAGCAUAUGAUAUUCAAAAAUUAUGAGUCCAGGAGGCAGUUACAGUGGAGAAAACAAAACCAAAAGGGGAAAAGCAGAUGGAAACUGGAGUUGUCAGUAAUGACUUAACAGCCCUGAAGAUUCAUUUGACUUUCAACUGGAGUUCAACUACAAUGCCUGACUGUUGUGGCGUGGGUUUUUUUGAGGGACUACCAAAUACUGUUUUCCAGUUGGGUUUAAAAGUAACAUCACUGAAAGGAGUUACAACCCAGAUGUGUGGGGAAGGUGACAGCUGUGGGAAGUUGAGGCCUCUGGAAAAGCUGACUAGCUGCUAGUUAGCAGAGGAAGUAUUCCUGUUAGAUUGUUUUCUGUACUGCUGUUGGGAAGCCAUCCCCUGGCCUUUCUUUCCAUGUAAUGAUAUAUUUCUCAAGUACAUGUUUUUGAUUGAGAGAAAGACACCAACCUAUGCUGCUGAAAUACCUGUGCUAAUAACUGAAGGUAGCAAGUGUUUCAAAUGUGUACUUUUUUUUGGAACCUCAUGGGUGAUCUAUGAACUUUCAACUCGGCUCUGAGAUGCUUGUAACAAAUAUUUCAAAGCAGUAACUUCUGUUUUUUAAGUUAAAAAAAUAUAUUGAAAGCAUAAACAGAACACUGACCCAAAAAUGUGAUUUUUUUUUCUUUGCUUGCAUGUCUCUAAUAGUGGUGGGUUUCUCCUAAAUAAACGGCCUCUUCAAAGAUGCUUCUUGAGAAAGCUGCAGCAGGCAACCUGCUGCACAUAAUUCAUUUUUUUCCAGUGCUGCUUCCACCACUGUGCUGGAAGCCUUCAGUAUAGAUCUGUUUCUGUAUCAUUGUUACUUCUGUUCUGUUUGUGUCUUACCUAGGCUGUCAAAUAUAUUCGUUCAUUGGUUACAGUGUUCUUGAAGGCAGAGGUAUUGACUGUUCUGGGGCUAAUGGCACCUGGCUUUUCCAGUCAUAGGCAUGUAAUAAGUAAACCCUAUAUUUUCAGAA